ACUCAAUUGAUAGGAGGCAUACAAGAGAACAUGUUCAUCCAGAAGCAAGAAUUACAAGGCACCCCUCUCGUACCACCCGCCAACGGCACACAAUCCGACUUCCAACUCAAUCAAUUCUCCAUCACCAUAACACAACUAAAAGCCAUCGCCGUGCGCGAGCGCAAUCAAAGACUCGCCGACGAACUGAACAGCCCCAGCGCCAAGGGGCUGGCAAUCGUAGCACAGUCACAGGUUGCUGUGAUGAUCGAUAUGAACAGUGUUAAGGGUGGUGGGGAGGGUGAUGCGAAGCUGUUGGGUGAGCUGGUGAUGAGGGUAAGGUAUGCAAUGGCGCAGAAUGGGGAGAAUUUA